ACAACAAGUUACUAUGAUUCGAGCGACUUUGCAGCACCCCACAGUAUGAACUAUCCUCGAUAAAGCCGAUCCCAGACCCCGAAAUCUCCUCAACAAUCCUCCUCCGGAAACAGCAAGCACGUGCAUCUAUCAAAAACGAAGGUCUGUCCGUCGGCCCACUCCGAGAUAUCGUCAUUUUGACAAUCCCGUCCAUCUCCAACGCGUCUCCCAUCACCUCAACUCGAUCCAGCAGCCAGGCACGCGUGAUGGCCCAGCCCAAUCGCAGUUUCAACCAAUAGCGACCGCCUCUCUCUUCAUUUGACCAUUCCAUUUCACUUCUUCCACCGUUCUCCUUCGCUUGACAUAUCCUUGACUUGACACCAAGACUUCCAGCAGACAACAAGCAAGGGAGCUGGAGAUGGAGAACCUCACGCUGGACGAGAAUAAUGCUGGAGGGCCGCCGCAGCAACAGCAGCAGUUACUCGGCCCCUCGCCGCAGAACCAGCAAUUGCCUCCGCAGAUGUUCACAACUGCUGCUCAGCUGCUAGAUUUGACAGAUAGUAAGGGCUUCUCUUUUUGCCUCUCGAGAACUCAUUUUAGCUCCGAUCAUUUUUCUCUUCACUUCUCGAAUCAUCACCCAGAUACAACAUUAACCAAAUAUACAGAAAAGCUCAUGGUAGCCCUCCGCGACGGCAGGAAACUAAUAGGUGUACUCCGCAGUUGGGAUCAAUUUGCCAAUCUAGUCCUCCAGUCAACAAUCGAACGACUCUUUGUCCCCCCUCCCAACUCCUCGCGGACAUCAACGCCCACCAAACCCGGUGAAACCGCGCAACCAGGUCUCUACGCCGACAUACCCCGCGGCAUUUUCCUCGUUCGCGGCGAGAACGUCCUCCUGCUCGGCGAGAUUGAUCUAGACAAGGACGACGACCCGCCGCCGGGCUACGAGAAGGCCGAGGUCGAGCUGGUGCAUAGGUUAUCCAAGGAGCGCAAGGCGCAGGAGGCGAAGAGGGAGAAGUCCAGGCUGGUUAAGUUGAGGGCUUUGGGGUUUGAGGGGGAGAAUACAACAGAGGCGUCGAUUUGAGUAAGUUUUGGAGCUUGAAUCUUGAGAUAUUGAAGGCUUGAGAUGAGAUGUGAAGGGAGGGUAGAGGAUAAACUAUGGCGGAAACAAGCAUUGAUUUCAAUGGGGAGAGGACUUGGGAGAGCGGGAGAGAAAAGCACUGGUACUAUGCAGAAUAUUGUGAAAUGCAUCAGUAUCAGCUGGAGGUGGAUGAAAGAAAAGAAUAAGCAUUGCAUUGUGCAAAAUGCAAUACGACAUAAAGUAUUUUAUGAAUCAACUUGCAAUUGCAACUUUGGUCGAUCGUUUGUGUAGAUGUUUCUAACUUUCUCAUGUGCUAAAUGUUUAUUCUUUGAUC